AUGAAAGACACCGUGAAGCCUUUUCUGACCCAUCACGAGGACCUCGUGCUGGACGUUCAGUACGACUACUACGGUCGCCAGCUGGCGACGUGCUCUGCGGACCAGCAUCUGAAGGUGUUUGAUCUGGACGCCGAGAGCUCGUCCUGGAUACUCAACGACUCGUGGAAAGCGCACGAUUCCACCAUAGUCAAGGUCGAUUUUGCCAACCCCGAGUUUGGCCAUCUGCUGCUGUCGAUAUCGUACGACCGAACCCUGAAAAUCUGGGAAGAGCGCUUUGAGGAGCCUGCUGGAUCUGGAAGAAGAUGGAGGCGUCUUUGCACGAUUGCAGACUCUCAUGGACCGUUAUACGACGCCUGUUUCAUGCCCUCGCAUCUGGGACUUGGCGUAGGGACCAUUGGAUCGGACGGCAAGCUGCGCAUCUACUGUUCGUUGGAUCCUGCUAAUCUCAAGAGCUGGACCCUGGUGCACGAGAUAGAUGUGCUCAACUCGUCGGUAGCUUCGCAUCUGCAGAGCGACUUUUCGCUGUCCUGGUGUCCCUCGCGGUUUUCAGGAGAAAAGCUGGUUGUGAGCGCGUUAGAUCAAGCUUACAUAUAUUACAAGAACGAAGCAGACAACAAGUUCCAUCAGGGUGUCGUGCUUCCCGAACACAACGGGCUGAUCCGGUCAGUCUCGUGGGCGCCCUCGAUGGGCCGCUCGUACCACCUGAUUGCCACGGCGUGCAAAGACGGGUUUAUGCGGAUAUUCAAGCUUGUUGAGAAACGUGACAACGAGUUUGAGAUAGAGCUGCUAGCAUCGUUCAAUGACCAUAGGGGCGAGGUCUGGAAAGUGAGCUGGAACCUCACAGGAACGAUUCUGAGCAGCUGCGGCGAUGACGGCCAAAUCCGGCUGUACAAGUCCAAUUAUGCCAACAACUUCCAGUGCAUGAGUGUCAUCAGUGCUCACUCGUGA